AACUGCAGUAGGAAGAGGGAAGAGGGAAGAGCCAUUCAGUCUCGGGGCCACCGUCGUCAGUCGACAUACUGUAAUCUUCGCAGUUCAACCGUUCCGUGCUAGUAUCAGAUACCCGUAUCAUCUCGUAUCGGCCGACUUUUCUUCCGGUUAUCUUUUCUGUCGGCGGUUUCGAUCCGGCUCUCUUGCCUUCGUCCGUGAUGGGCUUGUGCUAAAUCGACACGUAGGAAUCGAGUAAUGAGCUGACCAUGUCUUCGCUCUCGCUUCCUCGGGUGCUCCAGCAAAGGAAGACCAGCCUGGAACUGGAACGUGAAAACUUCGAAAAGAACCAAAGUGUUAGUAUCAGCAAGGCGAUUAAUAAUGCUGAAAAUCCAGUAAAAGAAAAGCACGUUCGAAGCGCAAUACUUGGGACAUUCCAUGAAAAAUGUGCAGAAACGUUCUGGGCUGUUGUUUUACGCCUGCCUUUACAGGAUAAUCGGAUAGCCGCUUGGAAAUUUUGUCAUGUGUUGCAUAAAAUUUUAAGAGAGGGCCAUCCUCAGUCCCUCCAGGACAGUACCAGGCAUAUAUCUCGGAUUGAGGAUCUAGGAAAAUUAUGGGGGCAUUUAAGGGACUGCUAUGGCAAGUUGAUUCAGGAAUAUUGUAAUCUUCUCAUAGUCAAAAUUAACUUUCAUAGAAGAAAUCCUAGAAUACCAGGAAAUCUGAUUUUAUCCUCUGAAGAAUUGGAAGCGAUAGGGGAAAAUGAUGUUAACAACUAUUUCCAGCUUUGCGUGGAAAUGUUUGACUACAUGGAUGAAAUCUUAAAACUACAACAUUCAAUUUUUGGUUCGUUGGAUAUGUCCCGUUCGAAUUCGAUGACAAGCUGUGGUCAGUGCAGACUGGCACCGUUAAUCCCAAUGAUUCAAGACUCGUCACAACUGUAUGACUGUUGCGUCAAAUUGUUAUUCAAGCUCCAUGCGUCCCUUCCGCAAGACUUGCUCACUGGCCACAGAACCCGAUUCUUAGAGCAGUUCACAAAAUUAAGCACAUUUUAUUUAGCCGCCUCGAGUCUUCAGUACUUCAAAUAUCUUAUUCAGAUACCAACACUUCCCAAUAAUCCACCAAAUUUUCUAAUACAAGCUGAGCUAGGCUCAUAUGUGACGCCGGUGGUCAUUUUACCUCCUGAAGAAGACGUAUCUCUGGCAGGAACACCAGACACUCAAUCAACAACUGGAGAACUUGUAGAUCUCAACUCACCAGUUACAAAUGGAAACACCUCACCAGAUAUAAUCGCUGAAAGGGAUAGUUUAAUAGAACACCUACAAAAUGAGCUAAGUAGGUGUAGAAGUGAAAUGGCUAAGUUGAUGAGUGAACACAGAAAAACGAUAAAAGAAUUAAAUGAAAGGAUUAAUUAUCUAGAAACCGAUUUGGCAAAGAAGGAUAAUGAACUUGUACAAGAGAGAUUGCUAAAAGAGGAACUUAUGCAACAUUCAGAAGAUUCAAUCAAGCUCCAAGAAGCAGAAAAGAGGGCGAAAAUUAUGGAGGAAAAAUUUCAGAAGAUUAAAGACAUUUACGCUCAACUUCGAGAAGAACAUAUUCAACUUUUGAGGCAGAAAGCAGGCGUGGACAAAGCACUCAAGGGUUCAGAUAAAAUGACAAAAUUUGCCAGAUCUGCCAACAACUUCAUUAUUAAAAUUAAAGCAGAUGUCGACAGGCAACUGUCCAGUCUGAAGAGUUUGGAAUUGGAUACUAACACCAAGACAAAACUAGAAGAGCUUGCGAACGAGCUAGCCACCCUACAGGCCUCGGCAGAUGCCGCUGCAGAACAAAAACAAGCAUUAGAAUACAAAUUGGAAUUUGUUACAAAAGAAAAAUGUCAUGCUGAAAGUGAAUUGCAUGAUUUGUUAAGUCAAAAACGAGAACUUGAGGUUAACUUAAAUACUGUUAAUAACAAAGUCAAGGAAAAAGAAGAUAAUUUAAACAAACAAUUUGAAAAAAUUGUCGGCGAAUCAGAAGAAAUAGUUAAAAAUGCGAUCCACGAAGUAGACAACCCUGCUUUUUCUUCCUCGACCUGUUCAAUCGAUUAUUUGACAAGUCUUUCCUCUGGCCUGGACUCCACCAUGUCCUCAAUCGACAACGAAAUAACGCCGGAUGUUGUGAUAAGGUUGGCCCACAGGACUGCAGAAUUCGUCUUAUUGGGGAAAGCGACUUCUAACAUAUCUCCCGACAUUGAAUUUGGGGAACGUAUUGGAGAAGUUUGUAAACAAGUCGGAGAAGCUUGCCUUGUUUGCUUGAAGGAAAUCCGUAAUGGUCCCGUUUCGACUAAGGACAUGAAGGAGAAAAUGAUGGAGUUGCUCUCGAUGGUGAGUAAACUUCAGUCCAACCUACAGGCGAGUUCCACAUCCGUCGGAGACCUUGUGGAAUCUGAACUUGCGGCCAUGGACAAGGCAAUUGAAGAGGCGGCCAAAAAAAUUGAAGAGAUGCUCUCUAACUCUCGUGCAGCGGAUUCUGGUAUUAAAUUGGAAGUCAACGAAAAGAUUCUGGAUUCGUGCACCGGUCUCAUGCAAGCGAUAAGAAUUCUCGUUCAGAAAUCGAGAAUCCUCCAAGCAGAGAUAGUCGCUCAGGGAAAAGGUUCUGCCACGGCUAAAGAGUUUUACAAAAGAAAUCAUCAAUGGACCGAAGGGCUCAUUUCUGCAGCAAAAGCUGUAGGAAUGGGAGCUACAUAUUUGCUUGAAGCGGCAGACGAGGUAGUAACGGGCGGUGGUAAAAUUGAACUUGUCAUGGCAGCAGCACAAGGAAUUUCAGCAAGCACGGCACAGCUGGUUGUUGCAAGCCGAGUUAAAGCUGAACGUGGAAGCAAGAGUCUUGAACAGCUCACAGGCGCUUCCAGAGGAGUGACACAAGCUACAGCUGGUGUACUCACAAAUGCUAAAGCUUGCGUUCAGCUCGUCGAACAGUCAGAUGACUUGGACGUUUCGUCCCUGACAUUGCACAACGCUAAGCGCCUCGAAAUGGAGUCCCAGGUCAAGGUUUUGGAAUUGGAGAACUCUCUUGCCAAGGAGAGAUUGAGACUUUCUGCGUUGAGAAGGCAUCAUUAUUCGCUUGCAUCGGAGGGGGAACAGAUAUCGCCCACAUGAGGUUCAAUCACUAUAAGUGGCUCAACCGUUCUCUUCAGGUCUUAGGGUCCACUACAUCUUGAACAAAAAAAAAACUGACUUCAAGAUCUUAGAGACUUUUUCAUAAAGUAUCGAGACAUGAUAAUUUAUUUACAAAAAAUUAAAUGUUAUUUAAUUUUAACGAAGCAUUUUGGUUUAAAAAAACAUUCAAAGUAAUUAUAAAUAUUAUUUAUUCUGGGAUCUUGUAUAUUUGGAAAAUCGCUACAAUUUGCAAGAUAUAACAUUUUUUCUUUUCUUUUUUUGGAAAUGGUUUUGUAAUCAAUCACAUCAUAACAAAGUAAGUAUCCAUAUUUUUUUUUUUCCGCAGCUGUCGUGAUUUAAUGAAUUUAUUGCAUUUAUCAAAUUUAAAAUUUAGUUUUGUGCAAUUCAUAAUCAAAUAAUAUUUUGUGGUAUUAAAUUAAAAGAAAAACAAAUCUAAGCUGAAUUAAUAAUGUAAUUGUCGAGUGGUGCAAUUGUUAUCAUAGAUGUACUGUUUAGCUUUUAUUAAUCAAUCGAUGUGACAAUUGCUAGUGAUAGUUAUUUAAACAAAAAGUAUUUUUCAUAUAUGUUGUAAAUAAAUAACUAUUAAUUUACUACUCAGUCAUUUGCUG